AGGUGUGUGCUUGUAUUAUACCGCUCUAAAACACUCGCAGAUUUUUGGCAGCUUUUAUUCCUCAGUGGAUUCACCGCCGUCCUCGAGAGUCUCCUCCCCCGUCUCGAUCCCAGAUCUCGAAGAGAAGGCGAGGGCGAUGGGAUCCGGAUGAGUAGAAAUCAGUGGUAGUUCUUUGUGAGGUUGGUUGGUAGUGAUUUCGAAGGAUUUGUUCGGGUUUUUGAGGGAUUUGGGAGGGGUGGGAAUUGUGGGGGAGAUCUGGAGAUGGAGAAGUACGAGGUGGUGAAGGACAUCGGAUCGGGGAACUUCGGGGUGGCGAAGCUGAUGAGGAACAAGGAGACCAAGGAGCUCGUCGCCAUGAAGUGCAUCGAGAGGGGCCGCAGGAUUGACGAGAAUGUGUUGAGAGAGAUCAUCAACCAUCGUUCGCUGCGGCACCCCAACAUCAUCCGAUUCAAGGAGGUGGUCUUGACGCCGACGCAUCUGGCGAUCGUGAUGGAGUACGCCGCCGGCGGCGAGCUCUUCGAGCGGAUCUGCAACGCCGGCCGAUUCAGCGAAGACGAGGCAAGAUAUUUCUUUCAGCAGCUCAUCUCUGGCGUCAGCUAUUGCCACUUCAUGCAAAUAUGCCACCGAGAUUUGAAGCUGGAGAACACCUUGCUGGAUGGAAGCCCUGCCCCACGGCUUAAGAUUUGCGAUUUUGGAUACUCCAAGUCGUCGCUGCUUCACUCGAGGCCCAAAUCGACGGUGGGGACGCCGGCCUACAUCGCCCCGGAGAUUCUCUCUGGCCGCGAGUACGACGGCAAGCUUGCAGACGUAUGGUCAUGUGGAGUAACUCUAUACGUGAUGCUGGUGGGAGCGUAUCCAUUUGAGGACCAAAACGACCCCAGGAAUUUACGGAAAACCAUUCAAAAAGUCAUGCAAGUUCAAUACAAAAUACCAGAGUAUGUUCACAUAUCCCGGGAUUGCAGGCAACUUAUCUCCCGUCUCUUCGUUGCUAACCCAGCCAGGAGGAUCACAAUAAAGGAAAUAAAGAACCACCCAUGGUUCUUGAGAAACUUGCCAAGGGAGCUCACAGAAUCAGCUCAGGCAGUGUACUACAGGAGGGAUCGUAAUGCCCCUACUUUCUCACUCCAAAGUGUUGAGGACAUUAUGAAGAUUGCUGGAGAAGCAAGGACUCCUGCACAGGCAUCCAGGUCCAUCCCAGGCUUUGGAUGGGCUGAGGAAGACUCCGAGGAGGAAGAAGAGGAGGACCAAGAAGAGGAGGAAGAAGAUGAGUAUGACAAGACGGUAAAGGAAGUGCAUGCCAGUGCCGAGCUCAAGAUCAAUUUACUGGACAUAAAUUAGAAGUAAAACGCGAAGUUUUCUCCAUAAAGCAAAAUGUGCUGUCUGAACAUUCUACUGCUAGCUUUAUAUCCCUGUAGAAAUCUGUCUGUUGCUUAUCUUAUUUUGUGUUUAUUGUCUUUGUAAUAUAAUUUAAUGGUCUUAUUUUAAUGUCUAUUAUGUUUAUCUGGUAA